AUGUGGUUUGGUCACUUCCCAGAACUCCAGUUCCUGUUUCUGGACAGCAAUGGUUUUAGUGGUUUUAUUCCUCCUCCUAUCUCUAACUUGUCAAAACUGGAAACCUUAAAUCUGAGAGACAAUUUCCUGGGAGGUAAUAUUCCAGAAAAUAUGGGAAAUCUUUCGGUCCUCAGAGAGCUGUAUCUAUCCGGGGAUGACUUAGUUGGUCAGAUACCAUUGAGUUUAUGCAAGUUUUCCCAUCUUCAGGUGCUAGACUUGUCUAACAACAGGUUAAGCGGGCACAUACCUAAAGAAAUUGGAAAUCUGGAGAAGCUCAAGGAGUUAUACCUCAUCACCAAUAACUUAACAGGUACGAUUCCACGAGAGAUAGGCAAUCUCCAAAACCUGCAGGGGCUCAAUCUGGAAUUGAAUCAAAUCACGGGAAGCAUUCCAAGAGAAAUUGGGAAUUUGACGAUGCUUACUGAACUCUAUUUCGCCAACAACUCCUUGACAGGUACAAUACCACGAGAGAUGGGUAACCUUUACCAACUCGAGAAUCUUGAGUUGUUUUCUAAUGGCUUGAAUGGCUCCAUUCCCCCUGGGCUCUUCAACCUCUCAGCAUUGCGGAAUAUUGACCUUGCAUCUAAUCUUCUAUCAGGAAAUCUUCCGCCGGAUCUAGGAUACAGACUGCCCAAGUUAUUAGCCAUAGAUCUUGAUGGGAAUAACCUUGGUGGAGUUAUACCAGUGUCCAUUACAAAUUGUUCCCAAUUAAGAAUGCUAGAACUUUCAGUUAACGGAUUCACUGGUUCCAUUCCUGACGCCCUCGGGGACCUUAGACUUCUGCAAUUUCUAGCUCUGUAUGGCAACAAUUUAACAAGUGAUCCUACAUCUAUGGAGCUGAGCUUCAUCACUUCAUUGACAAAAUGCAAAAACUUGUAUUAUUUAUACCUGGGCCGAGACCCCUUCAAGGGGCUUCUUCCAGCUUCCGUUGGGAAUCUCUCUGCUUCUCUACAGAUAUUGCAUUUAGGAAGUAGUGAAAUCAAGGGCACCAUACCAAGUCAAACUGGCAACUUGACCAAUUUGCUAUUGCUUGAUCUACGAUCGAAUCACUUGACCGGAGGUAUUCCAACAGCAUUCAAAAAUCUACAAAACCUGCAAGGUUUGGCUGUGGAAGAUAAUAAUCUUAACGACACCUUAGAUAACCUUUGCAAUUUGCAUAGCUUGACUUUAGUAUAUCUGACCACAAACCAGUUUUCCGGGUCUUUACCAGAAUGCUUUGGUAAUAUGACUUCUCUUCGGGAUUUUAAAAUAGGAAACAACUUUUUAGUCUCUGCCAUACCUAAUAGUUUUUGGAAACUCAAAGAUCUCUUGCAGUUGAACUUAUCCUCAAACUCCCUUAAUGGUUCCUUGCCUCUUGAAGUUGGAAAUCUGAAAGCUAUAACAUCUAUAGACGUAUCAGCCAAUCAAUUCUCUGGUGACAUUCCCAGCACCACAGGUGAUUUGCAAAACCUGUUGAUUUUAAAUUUAUCCCAAAACCAAUUUCAUGGAUCUAUCCUAGAGUCAUUUGGCAAUAUGCUCAGCUUGCAAGGACUUUACUUAUCGCACAACAAUCUUUCUGGCUUCAUACCGAAGUCAUUGGAGGCACUUCGGGACCUCAAAGAGCUUGACGUUUCUUAUAACCAUUUAAGUGGUGAAAUUCCUUCUGGUGGUCACUUUAGGAACUUUACUGCAGAAUCUUUUCUGUUCAAUGAGGCAUUGUGCUGA